GCAGUGCGUUGUUGUUGUUAGUGUGUUUCCGGAGUGACACGAAGGUCGCGAUGUUUUGGAGGCUUCUUUUCCUUAUACCCGGCGCAGUUUGUGCCGCUGGUUUAGUUGGUGGCUUCUCCGACGUGGAUGCCAAUAACCGGAAUAUGCAAAACGCCCUGAGCUUUGCCAUUGUCGAACACAACAAGGCAACGAACGAUCUGUACCUCAACCAAAUGACAGAACUUGUGAGGGCUCAGCAGCAGGUAGUCAACGGCAUUAAGUACAGACUCACUGUGAAAUUGGCAAAGACCUCUUGCAGGAAGGACAACCCAGAGGAACAUUGCGCUGUGUUCCAAGACCCGCCAAUGGCUAAUGCUUACCAGUGCACAUUCGAGGUUGUGAGCAAGAUAUGGUUGGGCGAAAUGACUCUGACGAAAACAGAAUGCUCACAUUGAACCACCUAAGAAAAUGUGUUUGAAAUCAGCUUUAGACUAUUGUAUCCCUGUGUGAGUCAAUCUUAUAAAGUGCAAUGAUAUGUAUAAUGAUUAUCAUAUUUUUGGAGCGUGUGGGAAAUUUUAAACUAGUAUUUCCAAAUAAAUAUAGUUGUCCCUUGCCACUUUGCAAAUGAUGUGGCUUCACUCCCGCAUCAAUUUCAGUACAAUUUUUCACUUCCUGUAUUCCAUGUGUGAUUUUUAAAUUGUAAUGGAGUUGUUAAGAUUUUUUUCACAAUCAUAAUAAUUAUCAAUACAAAUGAUAAUAAAUAUAGAUACACACAA